AUGGGUAACAGAAUCGGCAACAUGUGCCUCUGUUCCGCCGGAGCCGGUGAUACCUGCUGCAGGUUGCAAAACACCUCUACCUUGUUGUCCAAGAAACCUGAUAGAGCUGUUUGCACCUCUGUCACUUAUGCCAGACCGGACCCACCUCGAAUCUCCGGCGACGGGGACACAUUGUCCGAUGACUCUGCAGUCGCCACAAUGAGUUUUGGGUCGGUGUCCAGCGCCGUCGUUAGUGCGAACUUGUCGUCAACGCCUUCCAUUUACGUUGAUGACUCUCUUCAAAACACUGUUUUGGAUUCUUCUGCUUCGUUUGAAAGCUUUGGCUCUUUCGUUCCCACAACGGUUCCUUGGAGUCAUUACGAUCGUGUGAGGAAUGGUGAUUCCGUUGAGGAUGAUGAUUCAGAGCAUGAGAAGAUGAAGAAGGAUAGUACUAGUAAGAUCAGCUUGAAGAGGGUUCUGAGUAGAGUCUUCUCCAAUGCAGUAUUUGAAAAAGGCUUGAGUUUUAAGAAAAGUGACAAUGGUAAUGGCAGUGGUUAUAGAAGACUGAGUUCUGGUACUAGUUUGAGUGGUGAUGAUGAUGAUGCGGCUGAUGGUGGUGGUGGUGGUGGUGGAUGUGAUGACUCGUUAAUGGUAUGUGAAAAUUUUGAUAUGGCUCGAGGAAAAGGUGGCGAGGAUCGUGUUCAUAUUAUAUUAUGCGAGGAUCAUGGAUGGAUUUAUGUAGGGAUAUAUGAUGGAUUCAAUGGCCCUGAUGCGACCGAUUAUCUUCAGAAGGACAUGUUUUGCGCUGUGCAUGACGAGCUUAAAGAGUUUCUAUGUAAUCGAAACGGUAAUAGUGAAGAAAGUUUUAGUCACUCUGAUGUGUUGGAAGCACUUUCUGAGGCAUUGAGGAAAACUGAGGAUGCGUUUUUGAAGAUAGUCGAUGAGAUGAUUACGCGGAAUCCUGUGUUAGCUAUGAUGGGUUCUUGUGUUUUGGUUAUGCUGAUGAAAGGGGAAGAUGUUUACUUGAUGAAUGUUGGUGAUAGUCGUGCUGUUUUAGCUACUCGGACUGGGAAUCAUUUUCAGCUUACUGUCGAUCAUAGUGCUCAUGCGAGAGAGGAGAUUCGUAGAAUCAAACAGGAGCAUCCAGAUGACGCUUCUGUGAUAACUAAUGGCCGAGUGAAGGGUUACUUGAAUAUCACAAGGGCUUUCGGCACAGGAUUUCUUAAGCAGCCUAAACAAAAUGAUGCAAUGUUAGCGACUUUCAAAGUUAACUACAUAGGGGAAUCUCCAUAUAUCAUAUGCUCCCCUUCACUGCAUCAUCACAGGCUCUGCUCAAGUGACAAAUUUCUCAUACUGUCUUCUGAUGGACUUUACCAAUACUUCACCAAUGAAGAAGCAGUUGCCAAAGUAGAGUUAUUCAUCAACACUUAUCCUUACAAAAAUCCUGCUCAACUUCUCAUUGAAGAAGCACUCUGCCAAGCAGCCAAAAAACAUUGUAUGGAGAUUCAUGAGUUGCUUGAUAUAUCACAUGGAGCAAGAAGGAAAUACCAUGAUGACAUUACGGUUGUCAUAAUAUCCUUGGAGGGAAAAAUAUGGCGUUCAUAG